AAAAAUAAAGUAAUACUUAGUUUUAAUUCUGGAAUAUUUUUUUUAAAAUUUCGAAUGACAUUUGAAUACCGCGCGCAAAUAACAGUGACCAAAAUGGCGGGAAAUGGAGACGUGUACAAGAAAACUUUCAAUGGCACCUGCAGUCUUGGCGUAAAUAAAAAGACCAAAGGCACUAUUGCGAAAAGAGCAGAAGCCUAUUUGGAAGCUGUUAAUAAGAGUAUGGGACCACCUCCAAAAGUGACUAACUCAAAACAACGUACUCUGCCCCGUUUGGAGGUGGUAUCGCGAGUAGCAGCGAUUCCCAUCGUGGAAUCCGGCAUCGAAGUUACCGAAAAGGUGUACCACAGAAUUAAGGAAUCCAACAUGCUGAUCCGCUGGUACCUGUCGCUGGGAGAGAAGUCGUUGUCAACGGGCGUGCAGCUGGCCCUGCCGGCGGUGCAGUUGCUCGAGUCGCCGAUACACCAGCUCGACCGCUUCCUCUGCAAGUCCCUUGAUGCAGUUGGCGAGCGAGUACCUUCCAUAUAUCUGCCACCGCAAGCUCUGUACUCCGAGACUCGUCACUACGUGCUCCGCCGUACGGACUCUGUGAAGCAGCUGGGAGCUGCUGUGUUGGAUUCGAGGAUCACCGCAGUCACCGCCAGUGCACUCGACCGCGCGCUCACCACCGCCGACAAAUACGUCGACAAGUACCUGCCCCCUGAUAACCAGGAUGCCGCUGAUGUGGUGAUCAUAGUGACGAAUGCAGACGCAGUAGAUGGGGCGAAGGAUGACUCCGGACGCGCGAAGGCGGUUCAGGCGGUCCAGCAUGGCGCCCGACUGAAGAGGAAGCUACAACGCCGACUCACCAGACAAGCGUUGGCUGAAGCCAAGGCCAUCAAGGAACAGAUCCACGUGCUCGUAUACGUUGCUGAACUCGUGGCAACAGACCCUGUUCUGGCAUGGAAGAAGGCGAAGGAGCUAUACAUGUCGCUGAGCCAGCCGGAGCCAGAAAAUCAGGCGCGGCCUCAGACUCUGGAGGAACUGGUCGUGCUGCUGACUCGCGAAACAGCUCGCAAAGUCGUGCACCUUGUCAACUAUACUCACACUGAUCUGCCCAGGAAUGUUCGCCAAGGCCUGUCCAUCGUCACGAAGCACUUGUCGACGGCGGCCGACGCUCUGCUCAAGACGGUGCCAGUUGAGACGGCAAUCACAGAGGUUCGCGCCUGGCCUGCUAAGAUACAAGCGAUGCUCCAACACCUUCAGCAAAUCUCCAAAACCUAUUUGGAGCAUUUAGCGAUAUUCUUGGCGGGGAAUGAAGAACGAGAGAAGAUUGCUCCGCGCUCCACCUAUGAACAACGAGACGAAAUGGCGGCAAUCAAUGGUGUCAACUAAUACUCUAAUACUAGUUACAAUAAGUUAAACUGUUACAGGCUUAUAAUAUUUAAAAGUGCCUCCUAUAAAAUUGGUACUCAUGUUAUUUUUUAAUUUUAUUUUAAUUGAUUGAUCACGUGAAUAAUUUUAUUGUAUAAGAAUUUAUUUCGAAUUUAUACGUACUAAUAAAUACCUAUUCGUACGAGGGUUCAUAUUUUAAUGUUGUUUAAAAUACAAUGUAGCCCCGAAAGAAUAAAUUAGUUAUUUUGAAAA